AUGACGGCAACAAACAACAACAACAACUAUAUCAUUUCUGAUGAAAAAGUUAUUGAUUCAUUAGUUGAGGAAUUAGUUGUGGCAGAAACUAAAACCCUCAACGAAAGAAUUGGUGAAAACAAGACUGAUUUACAUAACUACCUCAAACAUGAUGGAGGAAGAGGAAGGAAAACUGGUAUGGCUUUAUUAGUAAAUAAAAUAUCAAAUUUAACGAUUAUAGAUGUUGAUAUCAAUAAAUCGUACAAUGAUGAACUUAAAGAAACAGUUAGAAAAGACAUUUUAUCAAAACUUUCGGAUAAAGAUGUUAUCGUGAAAACCGCAUCAGGAGGUCUUCACAUUUAUUGCAACACUAAUUUCUUCUAUUCAACCUCGAACAGAAUGAUUAAAUGUUAUUCCUGCAAUGAUUAUGAUAUUGACAUAAUGACUUCUAUGGAUGAUUCAAAGCGUUCUUUAGUAGUUAUGGCUGAUUCAAGAGUUCGCAAGAAUGCAACAGAACCAAUCAAUACAUACUCAUUCAUUCGUGGAAGUUAUGAUUCAACAUUAACCAGAACAGUGAAUGAUAUAUUAAAUGAUUUGAAUAUUAAGGUAAGAGUUGAACAGAAGAAUGAAGAAAUAAAGACUAUCAUGAAUGAAAACAAAGAU